AUGUCAGUCCCCGUGAGCGCCCUUUUUGUCAUUGACAUCCAGAAAGAUCUGGCAUCAGAUGACAAGACCGAAAUCCCCCACGCUGAACGCAUACGCGAUGCCGGAGAACAAAUACUUGAGGUUGCAAGAGGUAUCGCUGCCGAUCCGAAACCCAUCAUAGUUUUUGUUCAGCAUGAAGAAUCGCCCGAGAGUGGUCCUCUUGUAACGGGUAGCAAGCCGUGGGAGUUGGUCUUCGAAAACGACCCAAACAGUACAAGAGAGUUGCUCGUGUCAAAGAAUCAACGAGACACUUUCAAGUCAAAUCCGGAUUUAGCUGGUCUCCUCAGGUCCAGAGGCAUUCAACACAUUGUUGCGUUUGGCAUACAAAGUGAGUGCUGUGUGCUGGAAACUUGCAAGGGCGCUCUGGAAGCUGGGUUUCGAGUCACGCUUCUUCAAGGUGCUCAUUCUACUUACGAUACCGAGAACAAACAGGCCGUUCAGAUCGAGCAAGAUGUUGAAAAUGGACUCAAGGCUCUAGGUGCUUCAGUGACUCCAUGGCAAACUGCUAUCGGUCAGUGGGCCAACACUGGAGUCUUAGGCUGA